AUGCCUCUGUGUCUGAAAGUGACGUGGCACGAUUCAAUUCGCUGGUUCUGCGCCUGGCUGAUGCCUUCAGCAGCAGCAGCAGCAGCAGCAGCGCCACCCGCCUCUGCAUUCUCAAGCUCUUCCUCCUCCACCUUUCCACCGCCACCUCCCCCCUCCCUCCCUCUCCUCCCUCUCCUCAUUCUCCUCCCAUUCCUCCUUCUCCCCCUGCUCCCUUUCCUCCCUCUCCUCCCUCUCCUGCAUCUCAUCAUGCCACGUCAGCUGCACCCGCUGCCCCCUCACCCACACCUGUCGCCCUGGGAACGCCCCUCGGUGCUGGGGGGCGUGACGCGGAUGGUGACGCCAUGCCUGACUAACGGUGCUAGCAGCAGUGGUGACAGUGGUGAUUGCAGUGAGAAUGAUGGUGAUGGUGAUGGUGAUGGUGAUGGUGAUGGUGAUGAUAGUGCGGGCAGUGAUGGUGCUUCUGAUGGUGCCAGGGACUGGGCGGGUGUGUUGACUCCUGGGAAGCUCUUGAACCCAACCCAAGUCAUCACCCGCAUCGCCCCUCUGCUCUCUCGCUCCUCCUCAUUCCCACUCCCACCCACCGCAGCAACAGCAGCAGCAACAGCAGCCACAGCCAUUAACACAGCAUGCACAGCUACAACCCUAGACAUGCAAAGUGACUCUCCUUCGCCCCCAUCAUCACGUGCUGCUGGCGCUGUUUAUUCGGUUGAAUCCCGCUGUCUCGCGCUGCGCUUGAUUGGCUGCCUUGCUCCCCUGGCUGCUGACGUGGCACCCGUGCAGGAGCUGGUGGUGCAGGCAGCGAUGGAAGCAGAGGGACUGCAGGAGGUGAGCGAGAGAGGGGAUCAGGGGGAGGGGGAGAAACGAGGGAGAUAA